GACGUAUGCCUGUCGCUGGACCCACGGGGAAGGGGCGGGGCUGCGAGGGCCAGGUCUGGUGUGACUGUUACUCUUGACCAAAUAAUCCACGUGAGAUUCUUCCUUCUCUAUAAAAUGCGGAUGUUAUGAAUAUUUGCCGCUUUGGGUUGUUUCGAUCACCUUCAGGUUUUUAGCCAAUAUCCUAUAGAUUUAUUGUGUAUAUGUAGCGCGCUGGGAGGAUCCCAAGAAGACUUCCCUUGCUGCUGGAGCUUGGACUGGUCCCUAAGGCCUUUGUGUUAGUGAAGUGGAAAAGGAAAAGGAGUGGCGUAUCUAGCCACCAAGGCAUUUUGCUGGCCCUAACACACCUGCAUUCUAAGAUAUUCCUUAUUUGUUACUUGUUUAUUUAUUAUUUAUUAUGUAUAAUAACACAGUAUUCUGAAGUCAUCGAAGGCUGUGUGCCGGUGGAAGGUCUGGGACAAGUUUAAGAAGAGAGAACCUAAAUUGGUAACAAAUGAAUAAGAAACAAAUAUUUGCUUACACUCAGUGAAAAGUAUCAUAUCUAAACUCAACACAUAUGGGAGCCACACAUGGACAGCUUUCCCUCCUCCAAUAAGAGCGGAAAAUGAACAAAUCCCAGGAGCAAGUGUCAUUCAAGGAUGUGUGUGUGGACUUUACCAAGGAAGAAUGGAGUCUGUUGGACCCUGCUCAGAAGAUACUAUACAGAGAUGUGAUCCUGGAAAAUUACAGUAACCUUGUCUCAGUUGGGUAUUGCGUUACUAAGCCAGAAGUGAUCUUCAAAAUAGAACAAGGAGAAGAGCCCUGGAUAUUAGAGAAGGAAUUCCCAAGCCAGUGCCACUCAGAAAGAAAAUGGAAAUUUGAUGACCUAUUAGAGAACAGCCAGGAAAAUCAAGAUGAAUACUUUUGGCAGUUCAUGUUCACCAACAGUAAAACACAAAGUGUAGAAAGUGGCAGUAAAGUUAGGAAAACUUGCAGUGUGGACACAGACCCCGUUUCUUCAAGAAAUUUUCAUUUCAAAAUAUGCGACUCAUGUGAAAUGAGUUUGAAAAAUAUUUCAGGUUUAAUUACUAGUAAAAGAAGCUAUUCUAGAAAGAAGCCUGAUGAGUUUAAUGUAUGUGAAAAAUUACUCCUUGAUAGGCAUGAGAAAAUUUCUGUUGGAGAGAAAUCUUAUAAAUGUGAUCAAAAAAGGAAUGUUCUCAGUCAUCGCCAGGAUCUUACUCAGCCAAUUUUUAAUCAGCCUUUUGAGUAUAGUGAAGAUGAACAAGGCUUUAAUGAAGAAGCAACCUUUUUUAUAAAUCAGAGGUCUCAGAUAGGGGAGACACUCUGUAAAUACACUGAAUGUAGAAGAAACUUCAUUGAUGGUUUAAAGCUUAGUGUAUCUCAGAGAACUCAUUUGGAAAUGGAGCCGCAUGAAUGUGGUAUCUGUGGGAAGUCCUUUUAUAUGGAUUUACGAUUUGGACAUCAAAAAUUUCUUUCAGGAAACAUUCCUUAUGAAUAUAAUGAGUAUGGGGAAGUCUUCUGUGACAAUUCAGCAUUCAUUAUUCAUCAGGGAUACACACGAAAGAUUCCCCAAGAAUACAAAGUGAGUAACAAAACUUGGGAAAAGUCAACCCUCUUUAAACAUCAGAUAGUACAUAUGGGAGAAAAACCCUAUGAGUACCAUGAAAAUGGGAAUAAUUUCAGCAAAAAAUCUCAUAUUACCCAGUCUCGGAGAGCUCAUUCUGGAGAAAAAACCUUUGAAUGUGGUGAAUGUGGCAAAACUUUCUGGGAGAAGUCAAACCUCACUCAACAUCAGAGAACACACACAGGAGAGAAGCCCUAUGAAUGUACUGAGUGUGGAAAAGCUUUUUGCCAGAAACCACAUCUUACCAACCACCAGCGAACACAUACAGGAGAAAAACCCUAUGAAUGUAAACAAUGUGGGAAAACUUUCUGUGUGAAGUCAAACCUCACUGAACAUCAGAGAACACACACAGGGGAAAAGCCCUAUGAAUGUAGUGCAUGUGGAAAAUCCUUCUGCCACAGGUCAGCCCUAACUGUCCAUCAGAGAACACACACAGGAGAGAAACCUUUUAUAUGUAAUGAAUGUGGAAAGUCCUUCUGUGUGAAGUCAAACCUCAUUGUACAUCAAAGAACUCACACUGGGGAGAAACCCUAUAAAUGUAAUGAAUGUGGGAAAACCUUCUGUGAAAAAUCAGCUCUGACUAAACAUCAGAGAACUCACACAGGGGAGAAGCCCUAUGAGUGUACUGCAUGUGGGAAGACUUUUAGUCAAAGAUCAGUACUCACUAAACAUCAGAGGAUUCACACAAGAGUGAAAGCUCUUUCAACAUCUUAAAUGUUCAGAAGCUUUCAGACAUCAGAUUUGUUGUAAAAUUUUUAAAAUGAAAUUAAAGAAAGCCAAAGAAUGCCACAGAGUACUAGAAAAAUGACAUCUCAUUUAAAUAUCUGAAAGCUUCCAAGAAAAAUUGAAACUUAACUAAAGAAAUUUGUCAUGAGGGAAAACCUAUUCAUUUAAUCAAUGUGGUAAAAAUCUUUAGAAUUUAUGUUGUUUGAUAUGUCUUCCAGAUGUGAUACCAAAUUUUUAAAUAGAAUUGGUAAUAUUCAUUUUACUUGUAUUCACACUGGAAUUUGAAGUUUAAAAAUUGAAUGGCGGUAACAUUAAACAUACAUGUUAAGAGUCCCUGCUAUUUGUAGAUUUACAUGAGUAUGAUAAUGUAACUAAUAAAGGGUAUGCUUGAUUUGCAUAUUAGAGCCCAACAUGAUUGUAAGGAGAAAAUAUGAUCCCCUAGGUUAGUGAAUUUUAAGGCAUAAAUAUUUUCCACACUAAAUACCACAGUGAUUUUUAUGUGUGAAUGUGUGUUUGUAUGUCUAUAUGUGUGUGUGUAUAUAUAUAUGUGUGUGUGUGUGUGUACAUAUGUAAAUACAUUUGUACGUACACAACUACUCCACACAUACAGUGAUGUGUUAGUGUCACCUUGUACUGACUUAAAAGUGCUGCUGAUUAUUAAAUUUUCAGGAAUUUUGUAAGUCAUUUGUUAAACACAGUCAUUACCUAGAAUUAUUGUAAACUUAAACUAAAACUAAAAGCAAAGGUAACCCAAAUACUCAUCACUCACAACUUUCUAAUAAUCUUGCUGCAUUUCACUGUUCUUUUUGUUAUUUAGGUUAUUUACAUUAUUGGAUCCAUAUGGUGAGAAUACUGUGUAAUGGUUUGCUCCUAUACACCUCUUCCCAAUUCCACAUUCAGUGCCAUCAUGUUGGUAACUUGGCCUUAUUCAUAUUUAAACCAUGGAAAUUGGCAAACUCUACAUAGCAGGGUAUUCAUUUUCUCAGAGAAACUGUUGUCCAGUGUUUACCAGCACACCUCUGUCUAUAUAUGAAAACAUAUUUGGCUGAUUUAAAGUACAAACCACAUACCCUUUUUCCUAUUUCCUGAAACAAAUAAAUGGCUAUGCCAUUAUUACUGAACUGCCUCAUCAGUUAAAAAAAAGCCAAAAGAUGUUUUGUGAGGUUUUAACUACCUCUGAACCAGUUUGAUUCUAAAUACUAUCAGAGACUCUUUAUAGCUUGGCCAGUAUAUGUUUGAAGUGAAAUAUUAUUUCACAAAGAAGCAUUCUACCUACUUUUGACUGGUUCCUGGCAUAUAUAAAUGAGUAUGGUUAUUAUUAUGAAGCUAUCCCUUCAAUGAAGAAGUCAAAACAAUAUUUUUCUGAGGUUUUUGAGCUACCUCCCAAUCAGUCAUGUAAAUUCUGUUAAUAAGAAUGGUAUUUACACAAAUUAAAGUUUAACAUCACUUGUAAAUGGUAAUACUCAAUGCACUCUAGAAAUAAAAACUGGUGGUAUGUAAUGGAAUGCCAUUUUCAUACUCUUGGUAUUUCAUUGUGGAUCUCUUUAGGCAUGAUAUAUGUAACCCUAGUUCUAUGUAAUCCAGAAACUAUGUACUUGUAUUUAGUGUUAAUGUCAUAUAGUGUUUGCCUCCUUUGUUCCUUUGUUCUCUAUGCUUCUUAGGACCACAUUGGUUAAUAAUUCUGUGACUACUUAUUUCUUCCUUGCUGAGCUGAGUUUUAUCACUUUGAGCUGAGUUUUUAUUGUCUAGAUGAUUUAGGGGAUAAAUCCAGAUUAGUUGGAAUUAAUCACAGAAAUUCCAUUCAGGUAAUUUUGUUGGAUGAAUAGGUGAGCAAGGAGAUGUUUGGAGAAUAGACUGUAGUAUUUUUGGGAAAAGUCUCAAUGAUAAAACAUUGACAUGACAUGAGAAGAUAUGAGAGACAUGAGAAGAGAUUGUCCCUCUUCUUCUAGACUUUUUCAUGUCUGUACAUGAUAUCAGCUUAUAGUUUGUGGCCCUGAAGGGCAGUAGCCUGAAGAUAACAGAGCACAUGUGGGAAAAGCUGGCCCAGAACUGAGAUGCUCAACUCUUUCUGCAGCUGCUCUCUUCUGAAACUUUAGAUUACAUGAAGUAAUACAGUUUCUUGUUUAUUCAUAGGACUGUCUGAUAUUUAAAGGUAAAGGCAUUUUAGUUGAUACAAAGGAACACUUUUCUAAGUGUUACAAGUUCUGCACCGUGAUUUGAGGGAAGAAUUUUUUCUGAUUUGGGGAUGGAUGUUUGUAUAAGCCAGGUUUUUUUUUUUUUUUUUUCUGAUGGAAAACAGAAUUUUCUAUCUAAAAACAUUUUAGUGGUAGAUUUUUUACAAUAAUAUGGAACAAGCGAUGUUAAAACAUACACUUAGAAACCAUCACCUGCAUGAAGCCAUUCCUAUUCUGAGUCUUCAGGGAACAAGGUUGGAGUCCAUUUGAGAGCUCCUGUCAUGGAGGAUGUAUUGUCACUACCAGAAUUGUGGCACCAAAUUGUUAGUACCUUCCUUUGAAGAACUCAACUUAGAUACCUUUGCUGUUGAGCCCAGGUGGGCACAGAGAAUGAUGGAGAGAGAGUUUGGGUGGAGAAAAUGUGGAAUAAGCACAGUGGUUUGUUGUUUUUCAUUUCUGUAAAUUCCUAUGUAAAGGCUCAGUAUUAGAAAUAAAGUUAUUAUAUUAGUUGAAA